AUUAAUUCCGUUGUGUCUGCGCAGAAAACAGAGCUUGGCUCAGCCGGUUUCUUAUUUCCAGGAACGUAAAUUGUUAUUUGUUUAUGUGCGAUGCAAUACUAGUGGCCACAUUUAAUAUAAACAUUUAAUCUUGAAAUCAAGUAGGCUUUUAGUUUGCAGAAAGGUUUCAGAAACGACGGAAUUGUAUUUGUCGUUGACAACUAUAAUAAUUUUCUCAGUCACAUUGUGCUUCAGCUCGCAGCAAUUUUGCUUAAAUUGAUCGGAAAAUACAUUUUCUAAUAAUGAUGCAGCGUCAUAUGGUUCACUGGCGGGUCUACGUCUAUGCCAAUUCUUUGUAUUCCUUGCCGGCACGCGAAAAGCCAGACUACCGCGAUUGGUCACCGCAAUAUUUCCAAACUAAUCCCUUCGAGAUGCACCGGAUUAUGCUCUGGGUUAAUCGGGAUAUAUCGGUGCUUGUAAAAUCCGGCAAGGAGGACAUUUACAUUCUCUACGAGACCGUCUUAAGCCUGCUGCCUUGUGUCAGCAUGAAGAGUACGAAAUUUAGGAACACGUUUGUCAAAUAUUUUGGUCUGACUGACCCUUCUCAUUUUAUCCAUGAGCUAAUCAACUUUGCCCGAUCCCCGUAUGAUGACCUAAUCGCCUACGAGUGCAACACUCAAUACAAGGCUCAGUUGAAUGAUGACGAUCGUCCUUGCACCUCGUGGAUGGCCAGGGAACGCGAGAUUUUAUCCCUACGGCUGCACAACUUUGUGGAGUUCUCGCUGCGCAUCAAUCACGACGAUUGCGGUGGCUUCGACAUGGAUAUGCAGCUGGAGGAUGAGGAUUUCGGAGAGCUAGAUGACAUGUUGUUGGAGCGAUUCAAUCGCACCUUUUCGGUCGAAAUAGACAGAGAGGUAAUCGGAUCCAGGGUAACCCAUCAGCAACCUCCACCAGCGGCACAAGGCCAGCAGCAAUCGACGCAGCAAACCCAGCAGACAGGACAACAGGCAGGACAGCGACAGUCAUCGCAAUCGGGACAGCAGCAGGCCACCACCUCCAGCAACCAGCAAAUAGCCGGAGCUCCCUUUGAGGAUCUGGAACUGGAGUUGGCCAUCGAGCGCAGCAUGUUUGAUGCCGCCCAAGGGGCCGGAAUCGUCCUGCCAGAUGGCCGGUUGGUACGCUUUGCCAAUACCCGUGUAGUGCGUGAAGCCAGAGCAUCAGGAUCCCGAGCCGGUUCGACAAAUGCAACAUCAUCUACUGUGCGGCCACCAUCAACUAAUUCGGUUGCUCAGCGUUGCCGGCGGAGCCGCCCGCCUUACAGCCGCCCAGUUGCUAAAAGGCCUUAAUUACAAUGUCCUGCUGCAAAACUUCAAGCCCAUCCAUAAUAGAAUUCAACGCGUUGAGGACUUUGUUAAUGCUCUCAAACACAAAAAAAGGGUUUAAAAGGCAUUACAAAUUGAUAACGAUAACGGUAUUGGAUAACUAAAAAAAAAAAAAAAAAGGGCUAGCCCGUCAAUAAAGACAUGCCGUGGAAAAUUGCGUGCCAAAUAUGCCUUUAGCGCACAUUUCCCUUUGUCUUAAUUUCGGCAGAAAAGGUAGCAGUAGCAGCCAAUCCCAAUCCCCAUCCACAUCCCUUGUCACAUGGCGCAUGAAAAAUUGAAUUACACGCACUUUUGCGCAUAAACGAGAAGCUAAAGAAUAAAAAAAAGCAAAAAUGUUGAGUGAAAAA